AUGGGCUGCACCGUGAGCCUGGUGUGCUGCGAGGCGCUGGAGCCCGGGCCCCCCUGCGGCCCCCAACCCCCGGGGAGCCCCCCGGCCCCGGCGCGGGCCGAGCGCUGGGAGCCCGGGGCUUCCGCCGGCGCCGAGAGCGGGCGGCUGCCGCUUCAGCCAGAAGAUCUGGAGGCCCCCAAGACUCACCACUUCAAGGUGAAGACCUUCAAGAAGGGGAAGCCCUGUGGUAUCUGCCGUCAGGUCAUCACCCGGGAGGGUUGCACCUGCAAAGUCUGCAGUUUCUCCUGUCAUCCGAAAUGCCGGGCCAAGGUGGCUGCCCCCUGCCUUCCUCCAUCCAGCCAUGAAUUGGUGCCCAUCAACACUGAGAGUGCACCGAAGAAUGUAGCCAACACGGGAGAAGGAGCUUUCCGGGGUGGAAACACACGGAAAAGCCUUGAGGAAGACGGCUCCUCCAGAGUCACCCCGAGUGUCCAGCCCCAUCCCCAAUCUGGACCCCCUUCUGCCUCCUGUCUGUCCAGAAACAUGAGCGUGAGCCGGACCAUGGAGGACAGCUGUGAGCUGGACCUGGUGUACGUCACGGAGAGGAUCAUCGCCGUCUCCUUCCCCAGCACAGCCAACGAGGAGAACUUCCGGAGCAACCUCCGAGAGGUGGCCCAGAUGCUCAAGUCCAAACAUGGCGGCAGCUACCUGCUUUUCAACCUCUCUGAGCGGAGGCCUGACAUCACGAAGCUCCACACCAAGGUACUGGAAUUUGGCUGGCCUGACCUUCACACCCCAGCCCUGGAGAAGAUCUGCAGCGUCUGCAAGGCCAUGGACACUUGGCUCAAUGCAGACCCUCACAACAUCGUCGUUCUACACAAUAAGGGAAACCGAGGCAGGAUCGGCGUUGUCAUUGCUGCUUACAUGCACUACAGCAACAUUUCUGCUAGCGCUGAUCAGGCCCUGGACCGGUUUGCAAUGAAGCGGUUCUAUGAGGAUAAGAUUGUGCCGAUUGGUCAGCCAUCCCAGAGAAGGUACGUGCACUACUUCGGUGGCCUGCUCUCUGGCUCCAUCAAAAUGAACAACAAGCCCUUGUUUCUGCACCACGUGAUCAUGCACGGCAUCCCCAACUUCGAGUCUAAAGGAGGGUGUCGGCCCUUUCUCCGGAUCUACCAGGCCAUGCAGCCUGUCUACACGUCUGGCAUCUACAAUGUCCAAGGAGACAGCCAGACCAGCAUCUGCAUCACCAUCGAGCCCGGACUGCUCUUGAAGGGAGACAUCUUGCUGAAGUGCUACCACAAGAAGUUCCGGAGCCCCGCCCGAGAUGUCAUCUUCCGAGUGCAGUUCCACACCUGUGCCAUCCAUGACCUGGGGGUUGUCUUUGGGAAGGAAGAUCUUGAUGAUGCCUUCAAAGAUGAUAGAUUUCCAGAAUAUGGCAAAGUAGAAUUUGUAUUUUCUUAUGGACCAGAGAAAAUUCAAGGCAUGGAACACCUGGAGAACCCCCCCAGCGUGUCGGUGGACUAUAACACCUCCGACCCCCUCAUCCGCUGGGAUUCGUAUGACAACUUCGAUGGGCAUCGAGAGGACGGCCUGGAGGAGGUGGUUGGACACACUCAGGGACCUCUGGACGGGAGCCUGUAUGCCAAGGUGAAGAAGAAGGACUCCCUGCACGGCAGCACCGGGGCUGUCAACGCCGUGCGCCCUGCCCUGUCGGCCACCCCCAACCACGUGGAGCACACCCUCUCUGUGAGCAGCGACUCAGGCAACUCCACAGCCUCCACCAAGACAGACAAGACUGAUGAGCCCGCCCCUGGCCCCUCCAGUGCCCCUGCUGCUCUGAGUCCCGAGGAGAAGCGCGAGCUGGACCGCCUGCUCAGUGGCUUCGGUGUCGAGAGAGAGAAGCCAGGGCCCAUGUACCGCACCCAGCAUCUCCGAUCCCGCCCCGUGGGGGGCCCGGCCGUGCCCUCCUCCGGCCGCCACGUCGUCCCAGCCCAGGUUCACAUCAACGGCGGGGCCUUGGCAUCUGAGCGGGAGACGGACAUCCUGGAUGAUGAGUUGCCCAACCAGGACGGGCACAGUGUGGGCAGCAUGGGCACACUGUCCUCCCUGGACGGGGUCACCAACACCAGUGAGGGAGGCUACCCGGAGGCCCUGUCCUCACUGACCAAUGGGCUGGAUAAGCCCUACCCCGUGGAACCGAUGGUCAAUGGCGGGGGCUACCCCUAUGAGUCUGCCGGCCGGGCGGUGCCUGCCCAUGCUGGCCACACGGCCCCCAUGCGGCCCUCCUACUCUGCACAGGAGGGUUUAGCCGGCUACCAGCGGGAGGGGCCCCACCCAGCCUGGCCGCAGCCAGUGACCGCCUCUCACUAUGGCCUUGACCCCAGCGGGAUGUUCCGCUCCCAGUCCUUUCCGGAGAGCGAGCCCCAGCUGCCCCCGGCUCCAGCCCGUGGGGGCAGCAGCCGGGAGGCUGUGCAGAGGGGCCUGAAUUCCUGGCAGCAGCAGCAACCUCGUCCGCCCCCUCGCCAGCAGGAGAGAGCCCACGUGGAGAGUCUCGGGCCCAGCAGGCCCAGCCCCCAGCCACUGGCUGAGACCCCCACCCCCAGCCUCCCUGAGUUCCCAAGCGCAGCCUCCCAGCACGAGAUCGAGCAGUCCAUCGAAGCACUCAACAUGCUGAUGCUGGAUCUGGAGCCAGCUGCAGCUGCCGCCCCCCUGCACAAGUCCCAGAGUGUCCCGGGGGCCUGGCCAGGGGCUUCCCCGCUGUCCUCCCAGCCUCUCUCCGGCUCCACCUGCCAGCCCCAUCCACUGACCCAGUCCAGGUCUGGCUACAUCCCCAGUGGGCAUUCCUUGGGAGCCCCUGAGCCGGCCCCGAGGGCCUCCCUGGCCCUGGAGUCCUUCUCUUCCGGCAGGCCUUACUCCCCUUACGAUUAUCAGCCAUGUCCUGCUGGGUCCAGCCAGAGUUUCCGUCCAAAAAGCCCAGCCUCGUCCUCCUCGUCUGCCUUCCUUCCAACCACCUAUAGCCCUCCAGGGCCUCAGCAGCCCCCAGCCUCUCUCCCUGGCCUCACUGCUCAGCCUCAGCUCCCACCAAAGGAGGCAACUUCAGACCCAUCCCGCGCUCCAGAGGAGGAGCCACUGAACCUGGAGGGGCUGGUGGCCCACCGGGUAGCAGGGGUGCAGGCUCGGGAGAAGCAGCCUGCAGAGCCCCCAGCCCCUCUCCGGAGGCGGGCAGCCAGCGAUGGACAGUAUGAGAACCAGUCUCCAGAACCCGCAUCCCCCCGUAGCCCUGGGGUUCGUUCCCCUGUCCAGUGCGUCUCCCCUGAGCUGGCUCUCACCAUCGCCCUCAAUCCUGGAGGGCGGCCCAAAGAGCCCCAUCUACACAGCUACAAGGAGGCCUUUGAGGAGAUGGAGGGAACCUCCCCGACCAGCCCACCGCCCAGUGGGGUGCGCUCCCCUCCGGGUCUGGCCAAGACGCCCCUGUCUGCUCUCGGCCUGAAACCCCACAACCCAGCGGACAUCCUGUUGCACCCUACAGGUGUCACCAGAAGACUGAUCCAGCCAGAGGAGAAUGAGGGGAAGGUGGUGACCGAGCUUCCCAAAGAGCCCCGGAGCUAUGUGGAGUCGGUGGUGAGGACAGCAGUGGCUGGACCCCGAGCUCAGGACCCUGAGCCCAAGAGCUUUAGCGCCCCAGCUGCCCAGGCCUAUGGCCACGAGACGCCCCUGAGGAACGGGACCCUGGGAGGCUCCUUUGUCUCCCCCAGCCCCCUCUCCACCAGCAGCCCCAUACUCAGCGCUGACAGCACUUCAGUGGGGAGUUUCCCAUCCGGGGAAAGCAGUGACCAGGGCCCCCGGACACCCACCCAGCCUUUGCUGGAUUCGGGCUUCCGUUCCGGCAGCCUGGGCCAGCCCAGCCCUUCGGCACAGAGAAGCUACCAGAGCUCUUCUCCUCUCCCACCUGCGGGCAGCAGCUACAGCAACCCCGACUACUCACUUCAGCCGUUCAGCGCCCCGGAAAGCCAGGCGCGGUCUCAGUUCACUGUGGCCGGUGUCCACACGGUGCCUGGGAGCCCUCAGGCUUGCCACAGGACCGUGGGCACCAACACCCCCCCCAGUCCUGGCUUUGGCCGCCGGGCCAUCAACCCCAGCAUGGCUGCCCCUGGUAGUCCCAGUCUGAGCCACCGCCAGGUGAUGGGUCCAGCAGGAACUGGUUUCCACGGUAGCACGGUCUCCAGCCCCCAGGGCAGUGCAGCGACCACUCCGGGAAGCCCCAGCCUGGGCCGGCAUCCCGGGGCCCACCAGGUUUCAGGCCUCCACAGCAGUGUGGCCACAACUCCAGGAAGCCCCAGCCUGGGCCGGCACCCUGGGGCGCACCAAGGCAGCCUGGCCUCUGGUCUCCAUGGCAAUGCGAUAGCCAGCCCUGGGAGCCCCAGCAUGGGCCGACACCUGGCAGGGUCUGGAUCUGUGGUUCCUGGCAGCCCCAGCCUGGACCGGCACGUGGCCUGCGGUGGCUACUCCACCCCCGAGGACCCGAGACCCACGCUGUCCCGGCAGAGCAGUGCCUCCGGCUACCAGGCUCCCUCCACGCCCUCCUUCCCUGUGUCCCCUGCCUACUACCCAGGCCUGAGCAGCCCUGCCACCUCCCCAUCGCCCGAUUCGGCUGCCUUCCGGCAAGGGAGCCCCACACCAGCCUUGCCCGAGAAGCGGAGGAUGUCCGUGGGAGACCGAGCGGGCAGCCUCCCCAACUACGCCACCGUCAAUGGGAAGGUGUCCUCCUCGCCUGUGGCCAGUGGCAUGUCCAGUCCCAGCGGGGGCAGCACCGUCUCCUUCUCGCACACCCUGCCCGACUUUUCCAAGUACUCCAUGCCAGACAACAGCCCCGAGACCCGGGCUAAAGUGAAGUUUGUCCAGGACACUUCCAAGUAUUGGUACAAGCCUGAGAUCUCCAGAGAGCAGGCCAUCACACUCCUCAAGGACCAGGAGCCAGGGGCCUUCAUCAUCCGCGACAGCCAUUCCUUCCGAGGGGCCUACGGGCUGGCCAUGAAGGUGUCUUCUCCCCCUCCGACCAUUAUGCAGCAGAAUAAAAAAGGGGACAUGACCCACGAGCUGGUGAGACAUUUCCUGAUCGAGACCGGCCCCAGAGGAGUCAAGCUCAAGGGGUGCCCCAAUGAGCCAAACUUCGGGUCUCUCUCUGCCCUGGUCUACCAGCAUUCCAUCAUUCCACUGGCUCUGCCCUGUAAGCUGGUCAUUCCAAACCGAGACCCCACAGAUGAAUCGAAAGAUAGCUCGGGCCCUGCCAACUCCACCACUGAUCUGCUGAAGCAAGGGGCAGCCUGCAACGUGCUCUUCGUCAACUCUGUGGACAUGGAGUCACUCACUGGGCCACAGGCCAUCUCCAAAGCUACUUCUGAGACACUGGCUGCUGACCCCACACCAGCUGCCACCAUUGUUCACUUCAAAGUUUCUGCACAGGGAAUUACACUGACUGACAACCAGAGAAAGCUCUUCUUCAGACGACACUACCCCCUCAACACUGUCACCUUUUGUGACCUGGAUCCUCAGGAGAGAAAGUGGAUGAAGACAGAGGGAGGUGUCCCUGCUAAGCUCUUCGGGUUCGUGGCCCGGAAGCAGGGCAGCACCACCGACAAUGCCUGCCACCUCUUCGCUGAGCUUGACCCCAACCAGCCCGCCUCUGCCAUUGUCAACUUCGUCUCCAAGGUCAUGCUGAGUGCCGGCCAGAAGAGAUGAAUGCCACCCCUCGCCCGGGGCCAGGGCAGUGGGGGGGGGGAUGGGGCGAGCGGGGAGGGGACCCAUGAAUCCUGACCACCCUUGAAUCCAGAAGGAGGACUUUAGGCCAAUUUUGGAGAAGGAGAGAAGAAAGUGCAACGUGGGGAGGGGGAAGUGAAUUGCAGAGGGGAGGGGGGAAGAGAGAGAGAGAGAGAGAGAGAGAAAGAAAAAGAUGGAGGAGAAUAACUUGGAUUCCCCUGGGUAGAUGGAUACUGUGGAGCCCCGAAAGCCUCCACCGCUCACCAGGUCCACCUAAUUCCCCCUUCCCCCCUCCGAGAGGAUGGGGCUCCUCAGAGGAGACAGACCAACUCCUUGGGGAUCUGUCAUUUGGGAGUAAGUGGAAAAGCUCUGUCUCCCUAACCCGACUGCUUUGCAAGGAGAAACCAGAUCGAGAGAAUCCUUUUCUGGCCACCUCCGGGGUAGAUUGGCGAACCAAACAGGGCCAGCAUGGGACGUCACGUGGCCGAACUUUUGCCUUUGAAAGUAUCUGAGACCUGAAGUACCUGAGGUCUCUGGACUUUGCCUCCGCUGUGCAGUGUGUGUGGGUGUAUAUACGGGGUGUAUAAUAGGUCCACACCCACAGCCUCACUUACUUUCAUGUGCCUCUCAGCCAGUUACAACACCAUCCUUUUCUGUGCCCCGUGUGUUUGCGCACACAAGUGCAUCCU